AUGCGCUUGAUUCUGCUCGUUGCUCGUCUUCAAUUACUUAAAUACAUUAUCCACAAUGCAAACAUCUCUCUAGACGUUACCAUGACCGCGCGCACCUUUCCCAGUGCCCUCGAUUCCCUCAGUUCAUCCUCGCUAAACAAACUACACGAGGCCGUGCCGCCGUCUAAAAAGCGCAAACUCGAGCCUGAUACCGCUGCUGGACAGCUAUUUUCGACCUCGAUUGUCAUUCGGGCCCAUGCCGCUUCAUUAUCCGACGAACCACUCGUUCUCGACCCCAUCGCCGCACUUCCCCGCUCUCGACUUCCGCUCUCAUGGUUAGAGGACGCGUCCUGGUCGCGGUCUGACGCGCAACCCGGUGGCUUGUUCACUGCAGAUAUACCUGCCUUGGAAAAUGACUUGCGCGCUUGUGCGGAGCCGAUGGUGCUGGCGGUACGGCUUGCUGCUAAUAGCGGGCUAUAUGUGAUUGAGCGAGUGAAGCGGGGUAUCUACUCACUGUCUCGGCUUGCGAGAUGGGUGCAUGAGGGGGAUGUAGCCGUUGCUGUCAAGGGAUGGCAGGCGCCUCAAGGCCUGAAAAUGGAUAUUGAGGAUAACGAGAAGUCUCUCUCUAUUCCGGAUGCCCUGAGCUGGUGGCAGUCUGCUCAAAUUGAGGAACCGCCUUCUGAUCUGGGAUUGGGCGAGGAUUUUGCAGCUUUGCAAGUGGCCGUUGUGUUCGAGUCCGAGGGGGAUACAGGUCAGGAUGAACCUACGUUUGUGGAUGUCCUUGAGCACCGGGGCCAGUCACUUGCACCGACUGUAAGAGAUUCAGAGGCCCCCUUCGGAUCGCGUGACUCUCAAGCUGUUGGUAGCGAGGCUAUGGAUGUUGAAGGCGUCGACUCAACCGCGGUGGAUGCGAAACUACCCCCGGAGGAGCUACUCAAUGGGAUGAGAGAUCAUUAUCUUCAAGCUCUCUACGCAUCGAAGACGUCGCUGGCUUACUUCGCCAAAGGUCCACUGACACGCUGUCGCACCGCUUUUCAAAAUGCUGCCCCCGAUCAGCCUCAAAGUCUUGCGGAGCUCAUUGGAUCUUACAGGGAUGCCAUCUUGGCCGCAAAGAAGAUGGAUCUCAAAUACCGAGAAACUCUCCCAACAUCUGUUCGUGAUGCCCUACUGACCCCCUCCGACGGGGAAACCACCAAGAAACGCAAGAGCAAAAAGAAGAAGCUUGGCAAGAAUGGCCUUUAUCCCGAGGAAGAUGGCCUCAUUCGCAAAUGGUGGAAAGAUCGAAGCAUGGAGUCAUCUGCACAAGAGAACUCGCGUGAAACGGAGAGCAAAAAGCACAUUUCUGAUCUUCGAUUGCGUGAGACUCAACUGCAGAUUCUAUUGAUUCUGGAGGUCAUUGCGUUGGAAUCGAUACCUAGGGAGAAUAAGCAAAAGCUCAGCGAUGAGGUUCCCGAAGAAGAGAAAACUUCGCCCAAGAAGCCCAGAGCUAAAAAGCCUCAAGAUCUAAAUGAACUUCUUGAGCUCCAUCUUGAUCGACUUUGCAUCUGGCAUGCCGUCAGCCUAGAGGAGUCUACGGCGGUCGACUCGGCGAAGACUUCAUCUUUCACCGAUAGCCACAUGUCCGGCAAGAAGGUUGAGAGCGACGCAGUGCGCGACUUCUGCACGGAAGUGGUUGUCCCAUUCUACGCUGCACGACUUCCCGACAAAUGUAAGCUCAUUACUCGGAAGUUUGGUGUUUCUGGCGGGAUUUCGCCGGCUGCGAAGAGAACCCAAUCGAGCAAAAAGGACCGCGUGGAGCCCGGUGCAGAAGUCAAGCGACAGGCGCCAGUACAGAAACCUCGUCGCUCGCUCCAGCGAGUCUUGACAGAUGAGAGGACAGCUGCUGCAUCUCAAAACCGGCAUCCGUCACUACAUCGAUCUAACACAGCGCCAUCGAAGCAUGACAACAAGCGUGAUACCAUGGAGCCUUUGCUACCAACCGUUUUUGGCGGUAGUGUUAGAGGAGGGAUCCAGCAGGCGAAGCGGGUUGAUAAUCGCGAGGUGGAUCUUAAUGCGGUUGCGAGGCAGCACGAGAGUAAGCUGCGCAAGGUGCAGAUGUUGGUGGACCAGAAGAAAGAGCUUGAUGCUGCUAUUCAGGCCCUUCGGAAGCCAAACCGAGAGUUGGUCUCCAACGAAAUUGUCGAUGAAUCAGUCAAGCGGUCUACUGGUGGAGGUAGCUCACGGAAGUCGAAGAACCCUGUCCGCAACCCGAUGGGCGAGGGUGUACAGGUUAUGGCUACACCCCGCGGCAAUCGCAGAAAAGACAUCAUUGGGAUGCCACCGCUUCCUCGCAGUCUCGCUCCAUCCCGUUCAUUCGCCGGAGAGAUGGAAGACCGUUCACUGGGUGAAUCUCCCGUCAUGAUUCCUUCGUCGUCUUCCAUCCGGCGGACGAUCUCUUUUUCUGGUCCCGAUUCCAACCCGUUCAGCUCCCGUCGGCCUUUGAACUCGAGCCUGAGAAAGCGAAAGGAACCACCAGCAGAUCUUGGCUCGAUCCAAGAAACACCUACUCGAUCCUCCAAGCUAUUCUUCGAAGAAGAACGAAGUCUCGAUGCAUCGAUUGAUCGUCGCCCUUCAUCGAACAAAGGAAGAGGCCUCUUUCGAAUCCCCGACCUCCCUGCACCUCGCUCUACCAAUGAUCCUAAUGAACCCAUGGCUCCUUCUACCCCCGUUUCAUCGCGCCAAAAGAUCAUCCCGUCCUCAGCCCAUGGCUCUACGCAGAAUCUCACCACAUCUUUCCAAGGCGCCAGCUCAUCGAUCACGGAAACACCCCCAAGACAGCGUGGGGUUGAUUCGAUGCCCGCUUCGCGUUCUCUACCAAUGGGCAACAUUGCGCAGGUCCCCAUUACAACUCAGUCCAGGGCCUGCUCCCCGGUAGCUGUCAUGGGGACUCCGGUGAAAGAGAGUUCUGUGAAGAGAAGUCCUGCUAAGGGACCUGCCCCCGUUAUCCCCGUGACCCCGGAGAAAUCGCAGAGCAAGUCGAUCUAUGAACAGCUCGGCUGGGAGGAGGAUGAAAUGGAAUUUUGA